UCGGUGCUAACCAUUUUCGGCCAAUAAUUUUCGGUGGCCGAAUAUUCGGUGCAUCCCUAGUAUUUAUCAGAGAAACCUCUGGGGGGUGGGGUUGCUGCAGGAUAAACCACACAGUGAUCCUAGAAGAUCCUUUUGAUGACCCUCCUGAUCUGCCAGUGCCGGAUCGAUCCCCUGAGCCCACCAGAGAGCAGCUUGACAGUGGCCGGAUCGGAGCAGAUGAAGUGAUCGACGAUGCGGAUGGAAAAGAAGCAGAGGAGCUGGAGGAGAGGUUAAAGGAGAAAGAAGCCAAGACUCAGGCCAUCCUGCUGGAGAUGGUCGGUGACCUCCCUGACGCAGACAUGGCGCCUCCAGAAAACGUCCUGUUUGUGUGCAAACUCAACCCAGUGACCACAGACGAGGACCUGGAAAUCAUCUUUUCUCGUUUUGGGACCAUAAAAACUUGUGAGAUCAUCAGAGACUGGAAAAGUGGAGAUUCCCUCUGUUACGCUUUUAUUGAGUUUGAAAAGCAGGAAGACUGUGAAAAGGCCUACUUCAAAAUGGACAAUGUGUUGAUUGAUGAUCGUCGCAUCCACGUAGACUUCAGCCAAUCAGUGUCGAAGAUUAAAUGGAAAGGCAAAGGUACUCGUAGUGAAGCCUGAACGGCAGUGGCGUAGCCAGGAAUUAUUGUGUGGGUGGGCCUGGAGAAAUGUAGGUGGGCCAGGGGGAGACUUAUUAAGCGUGGGGUCUGAGCUGAAACUUCAUUAAUGAUUU